AUGAUGGAGUACUCGCAAUAUCCUCAACAGGCGCAAGCCCAUAACGCGCAUAAUCCUGGGCAUAUCCAAGGCGGAUACUCAAACCCGGGACAACACCCAGGCGCCGGGCCAUCUAUCACCUCACCCUCUCAACAACCGAUUCACACACAGCACUCCUUGCAUAACCAGACGUCCCCCAUACUCUCAUCUCAAGCUCAAACUGGAAAUCCGGGGCACGCGCUGAAUCAACAAUUGAACUACCAGCAACCGAGCUAUGGUCCUCCUCCGGGAGGACUCCACUACACCAUGAGUGGCAUAAAUCCGCAGACUGCUGCUAUGGCCGCGACUGCUGCCGCGGCCGGCUCAACAUACCCGUAUAUUCCAGAUGCGGGCCUUCAGACGUCACCACGGAUGAUGGGUGUGUCAGUGAAGCAGGAGACGCAACGCCGGUCACCAAAGCAAAUGAACAACCAAUUGGGCCAGCAAGCGCGGAGGAUGAGUAAUCAGGUUGGAGAAAGCCCAUCAGUGACGAACUCGCAGCCCAUCAUGAACCACGGCGCGCCGAGGCCACCAGUACCGCCGAUGCCCACUAACCAACAUCAGACUCAAUCCCCCGAACUGGUCUCCGGAGCCGUCGAGGAAUCGCCGCUGUAUGUCAACGCGAAGCAAUUCCACCGAAUACUUAAGCGACGCGUGGCGAGGCAGAGACUGGAAGAAGCCCUGCGCUUGACCUCGAAAGGAAGAAAGCCUUACCUGCACGAAUCUCGGCAUAACCACGCGAUGAGACGACCUCGAGGACCUGGAGGGCGAUUUCUGACCGCAGACGAGGUUGCCGAUAUUGAGCGUGCGAAGGGAGAUGGGGAAGAUGGAGACAAGUCGUCAGAAACGCCUGCGCAGGCAGGGCAGCAAAGCGGAACUGGCUCCGGUACCAAACGCAAGGCCGAGGCGGAUACCGUCACCCCCAGCAAGAAGACCAAAUUAAGCGGGGCUCGGAGCAGUGCCGAAGAUGAGGACGAAGAUGAUGAAGAUGCAGACGACGAUGGCUAA